AUGCGCCAGCAACAGCAACAGCAGCAGCAGCAACUGCAGCAGCAGCAGCAGCAGCAGCAGCAGCAACCGCAGCAGCACUCCACUGGCCCAGAUGAACUCCUCGAGGAGCUCUGGGGGGGCGCAGGAGGCCUGCAGGGCUACCUGCCGCUUACGAAACCCCUGAAGCAGCAGCAGCAGCAGCAGCAGCAGCAGCAGCAGCAGCAGCAAGAGCAGCAGCAGCAGCAGCAGCCACAGCAGCACGACGAAACUGCUGCUGCGGAAGCAGCAGAAGACCUCCAGCAGCAAAGCGACUAUUACUCUUUGGCAUUUCUUUUUUUCCAAGAAAGAAAUGCGCAGCAGCAGGAGCAUCUCCACAAGCCUCUGAGGGAGCUGGAGAGCGUGCUAAACCCUCUUUGCUGCUCGCUGCGCUUCUUGCGGGGCCUCGCGCUGCAGCAGCAGCAGCUGCAGCAGUCGCGGGACAAAUUGCUGCUGUCUUGUGCGGGGAUAAAAGGAGCUCUCAAGUACUUGCUGCAGCGCCAGACGCAGGCCGAGGUAAACCCUAAACCCUAA